AUGAGUCUCGCCUACACAGCCGAGCGCGCACAGGAGAUUGCCGACAACUUGGCUGGGGUCAAAGCUAAGCUAAACGAGACCCUUCAAAGCAAAGGCGCAUCGGCCCAGACGGCGCGCUUAGUCGCAGUGAGCAAGCUGAAGCCUGCAUCGGACAUCCUUGCAGCGUACGAGAAGUCAGGCCAUCGAAACUUUGGGGAGAACUAUGUUCAGGAGCUGGAAGAAAAGAGCAAGGAGCUUCCUGGUGAUAUCAAAUGGCACUUUAUUGGGUCUCUACAGUCGAACAAAUGCAAGGUUGUUGCAGCGAUCCCUAACGUGUUUGUCGUGGAGACGGUCGACAGCGCCAAGAAGGCAACUACACUAGACAAGGCAUGCGCGGCAGCAGCACGCCCCGAGCCGCUUCGUAUCUUUCUGCAAGUCAACACCAGUGGUGAAGGGAGCAAGAGCGGAAUGUUGCCAAGUGGGGUACUGGAGGUUGCCCAGCACGUCGUGUCGACUUGCUCACACCUCAAACUGGCAGGAUUAAUGACUAUCGGAUCGCCUAACCCUGAUCUGGAGAAUGGCGAGAACCCGGACUUCAAGGCGUUGAACGAGUGCAGGACCACCAUCCAGGAUGCUCUCAAAAUCAACGAUCUAGAACUAAGCAUGGGAAUGAGCGAUGACUUUGAGAGGGCGCUUUUGCAGGGAUCGACCAACAUCCGUGUUGGAAGCACUAUCUUUGGAUCUCGACCUCCAUUCAACAAGACCGCGGCAUAA